CAGCAUGGAACACGUAGACAAACCCACAUAGAGGGGCUGAUAAAGUAUUUCAUUUUACACCAUUUCAUAUCAUUUCAGUUUCUUCCAUUUCGCGUGCUCAGCUCUUUUUGAAAUUAUGGAUCAGAACAUGGCACCAGUCCUUGUCCACUCUAACGCACAGAUCGAAAAGUUCAUCAACAAGAUCAACAAGAAAGUGACGCAAUUAAAAAUUAACGAUCUAACGCGGGGCGACCAAGAUCUUUUGCGAAACCGGCUCAAAAUCGUUUGGGCGGAGCCAAACGACCAUGAUGGCUCGGCAACAAAAUGGCGAAAGGCUCGGGCCCAUCGUGCGUACAAGGAAAUUCAAGACGAAAGCGAUCAUUUACUUCUUGUUGUGGUGUUGGUCAUCGCGCCAACAGAAAUCGCUAAAACAAGUUUCGACGUCGUCCUGGACUACCUGCUCCGCCUGGAAACUUACAACCCAUAUCGUCUGCAAUUGAGUGCAGGUACAAAGAGGUUCUUUGAGUCAAUGGCCGCAGAACAGGGUUUUGCUAGCAACCGUCGCUACCUCAGUUUAAUACAGUCUUUAUUCCCUCAAAGUUUGUGGUCUUAUUUUUCCACAAAAAGAUAUAAAGCUGACUUGAACAGGCGAAGAACUGAGACGUGAGUCAUGUAGAUCUUCUUAGCAGAGAUACACUAUUGAUCUAAUACUGCAGAAAUACAACUGGCAUACACGAACAUACCGCUCGAGAACAUUGAUAAAUUGUUCUACAUAAUGCGGAAAGGAAUCGAAACAAGUAAACAAUGGAAUUCAGAGAGGGAGCGGGGCGAGA